AUGGCGUCGGUUCAAGCCAAUCCGGAAAUGCCCGGUCAGGGUCAGCUUCCUGGUAACAUCACCCGAGAGCAGAUUCAGCAUGUCUUUCAGCGCUAUACUGCUAUGAAGGCGCAAGGUGUACCCGAGACCAAUCCCGAGUUUAUCAAGGCGCGCAACCUUCUCAGCAUGGUCCAGAAGCAAAACCAGUACCAGCAACAGCAGAAGAUGCUUAGACAGCAACAAAUGCAGCGCCAACAGGGCCAAAUGGAUCCGCAAAAUGCACAGCUCAACGGCGCAGGCAUGGGCAUGGCAAAUGGCACCAAGCCAGCCACACCUGCUGAUGCAAAGGUUACAACGCCCAUGCCAGCUUCGACCGGUCCCUCCUCUACCAUGCAGGUUGCAACAGCUGGCGGACAGACUCCUGCCGGAGAUGGCCAGACUCCUACGUCAGCUACUGCCGGCUCCAUGUCUCUGUCCAAGGACCAGCUCCUCAUGCUGCGUGCCCAGAUCGGAGCCUUCAAGCAUCUUUCCAAGGGUCUACCAUUGCCCUCCAACAUGCAGCAACAGAUAUUCGGUCACCACCAAGCAAAGAAGCCCCAGAACGCUGCAGAUGCCGUGGCCGCAGCUUCCCAGAUGCUCGACAAUGCGACCCGCGCAGGUAGCACCUCGAGCGCGACUGGUGGCGCAGUUCAGGAGACCCGCCCUCUGCCUCGUCUUCCCGAUACCUUUAUCGAUCCAUGGAGCAGCGAAGCUUUCCGUGACGUAAACUACAUAUCUCAUACUCAACGCAAGAACCGACCAUACCUUGCGACCAUCAUGCCUCAGCAAUCGAUUGCGCCGAAGCCCGCCUUCACUGAGAAGCUCGAGAAGCAGCAGCGCCGAUGCGCGCGAGACAAAGAGAAAGAAGAAGCACACGAGUUCAUCGAUGCCAUCAGGAAGCACCGCACAGAGUUGCAAGAAGCUGGUGCUGCUCAGCGCAUCCGUCUACAGAAGCUUGGUCGUCUCAUGAUCACGACACACCAAAACAUCGAGAAGGAGGAGCAGAAGCGCAUCGAGCGUACUGCCAAGCAACGUCUGCAGGCUCUCAACCAAGGACACUCGUAUCUCACAUUUGCUCAAGCAGACCGAUGGUUUCUUGAACAACUUGCCGACUCCGUCAAGGCACAGCAGCGAUCUGCAAACAACUCAUACGAGCCGGAGCCAGAGAGCGAAACCAGCGACGCCGAAUCUGGCGACGAAGACAAGCCAGGCAAGAAGAAGACCGACUACUACGAGAUUGCCCAUCGUGUCAAGGAAGAGGUCACCCAGCAGGCAUCCAACCUGGUUGGCGGUACUCUGAAAGAAUACCAACUCAAGGGUCUGCAGUGGAUGAUAUCGCUAUACAACAACAACCUUAACGGUAUUCUUGCCGACGAGAUGGGUCUCGGAAAGACCAUCCAGACCAUCAGUUUGAUUACGUACCUCAUCGAAAAGAAGCGACAGCCUGGACCCUACCUGGUCAUUGUACCGCUUAGUACACUUACCAACUGGACCAACGAGUUUGAAAAGUGGGCGCCGAGCGUCACCAAGAUCGUCUACAAGGGGCCUCCAAACUCGCGUAAGCAAUACCAGCAACAGAUCCGCUGGGGCCAGUUCCAAGUUCUGCUCACCACGUACGAAUUCAUCAUCAAGGACAGGCCGGUUCUCAGCAAGAUCAAGUGGGUACACAUGAUUGUCGACGAGGGUCACCGUAUGAAGAACGCCGGCUCGAAGCUCAGCAUGACUAUCACACAGUACUACACGACACGGUAUCGUCUUAUUCUGACGGGUACGCCGCUCCAGAACAACCUGACAGAACUGUGGGCUAUGCUUAACUUUGUCCUCCCUACCAUCUUCAAGUCAGCUACAUCCUUUGACGAGUGGUUCAACACACCUUUUGCAAACACUGGAGGUCAAGAUAAGAUGGAGCUUACUGAAGAAGAGCAGUUGCUCGUCAUUCGUCGUCUUCACAAAGUGCUCAGGCCGUUUUUGCUCCGACGUCUCAAGCGCGAUGUCGAGAAGGAUCUUCCUGACAAGACUGAGCGUGUGAUCAAGUGCAACUUCUCUACCCUCCAGGCGAAGUUGUACAAGCAACUGGUCACUCACAACCGGCUCAUGGUCAGCGAUGGCAAGGGUGGAAAGACUGGUAUGCGCGGUUUGAGCAACAUGUUGAUGCAGUUGCGAAAGCUGUGCAACCAUCCUUUCGUGUUUGAAGAGGUUGAGGAUGUCAUGAACCCAACCAAGGGUACCAACGAUCUUCUAUGGCGCGCGGCCGGCAAAUUUGAACUGCUCGACCGAAUUCUACCCAAGUUCCAGGCCACCGGUCAUCGUGUCCUUAUGUUCUUCCAGAUGACUCAGAUUAUGAACAUUAUGGAAGAUUAUCUACGGUUACGAGGCAUGAUGUAUCUGCGUCUGGACGGAGCCACCAAAGCAGACGACCGAUCGGAUCUUCUACGGCUUUUCAAUGCCCCCGACUCACCGUACUUCUGCUUCUUGUUGUCCACGCGUGCUGGUGGUCUUGGACUGAACCUCCAAACCGCCGAUACUGUUAUCAUUUACGACUCGGAUUGGAAUCCUCAUCAGGAUUUGCAAGCUCAGGAUCGUGCGCAUCGUAUUGGUCAGAAGAACGAAGUCCGCAUUCUGCGUCUCAUCACAUCCAACUCAGUCGAAGAGAAGAUUCUCGAGCGAGCCAACUACAAGCUUGACAUGGAUGGCAAGGUUAUCCAAGCUGGUAAAUUCGACAACAAGUCCAAGGACGACGAACGAGAUGCCAUGUUGCGAAUCAUGUUGGAGUCUGCUGAAGCGGCCGAGAGUCUCGAGCAAGAGGAGAUGGACGAUGACGACUUGAACCAGAUUAUGAUGCGUCAUGACCACGAGCUGGUUACCUUCCAAGAGAUGGAUCGCAAGCGGAUAGCAGAAGACCCUUACGGUCCUGGUAAGCCUCUCGGUCGUUUGAUCGGCGAGAGUGAGCUGCCAGAUAUCUACCUGAACGAAGAGGCGCCUAUUGUCGACGAGAAGGAUGACACACCUGCCGGUCGUGGUGCUCGCGAGCGUACUCGGGUCAAGUAUGACGAUGGUCUUACUGAGGAGCAGUGGCUUGAGGCCGUCGACAACGACGAGGACACCAUUGAAGCCGCUAUCGCCCGCAAGGAAGCCAAGGUUGCCAAGAGGGGUAGGAAGAGCGGUGGUAGGCCCGAGGAGGACUCGCCUGUACCUUCGCGCGCUAGCUCUGAGGAGCCGAUGCCCAAGAAGCGAGGCCGCAAGCCGAAGGCGGAGAAGCGUAAAGCUGAUGAAGCCUCUCUCGACGCUGAACUCGCACCACGGAAACGUGGCCGGCCUGCACCCACCAAAGACAUGCUGCAUCCAGAUCAACGAGCAUCGCUUCAAAAGGUUGUUAACAUCGUCUAUGAAGCUCUCAAUGACCUCGAGGAAGAGUCACAGGACCCCAACAUUCCGAACCGGGGCAUCAUCGACCCCUUCAUCGAGCUACCAGACAAGUGGGACUACCCAGACUACUACCAGCUGAUCAAGAACCCCAUCUGCAUGAAGCAAAUCGAGAAGAAGAUCAACAAGAAGGAGUACCAGUCGGUCAAGCAGUUCCGCCAAGAUCUGGGCUUACUAUGCAACAACUGCCGUACAUACAACGAGGACACUUCCCUGCUCUUUGCGGACGCCAACCUCAUUGAGCAGACUGCGCUCGACAAGCUUAGGGAAGCUACGGCAGAGUUUCCUGAGUGGCAAGAUUACGACGAUGGUGGUAGUGUACAUGGUGGUGCUAGCACGGCUAUGACGAGUGCGGUCGGUACACCGCGGGGUGGUCUUUGAAGAAAGUGAAAUAAAAAGCAUAACUGCGUGAUUGACGGACGGGACGCCAGCUCUGGGUCUCGGUCCCCCUCUUUUACACCCACCUACCUACCCUUCUCCACAUGUCGUUUAUCCGUUUUUGGCUCCCUGCCCUCCCUCAACUGUACAAUUUUGAACACACACAAACAAGACUGGAAAGAAACGGAUCGGUGUUUCUGGCAUUUUUCUUCUUUUCUUUUCUCUGGGGGACCCUCAUUGGAAGGCUGCUCUUGGGCAGAGGAAGCUUUUCUUUUGCUUACUUUACGCUUGAUUGAGUAACAUGAAUGUUUCUGGGGUUUGGGAGUUUUUGUGCCUAUGUGUGUGAAUGCAUGCAUGGAUUGGGCUAUUCUCGCUGUAGUCUAAGCUAGCUCUCUCUCUCUCUCUCUUUUCUGUAGCUUGAAUGAGAGAACAGGUUUGAGAUUUGGUUCUUUGUCAUGGGGAACUGAGAAUAUAAAAAAUACUUUGCUUCA